AAUUUAUUUUGUUUUUAUUUUGAUUUUCCAAUUUCGAGUUCCGAUAUCGUUGAAUUUUUCGGCGUAUGUUUUAGUAGAAAUUUUUUAUUAGAAAAACAUUUUGAGUUCGGUAGAAGUUUUCAUAAUUCUCAGAAGUUAUUCUAUAAGUGAGAAAUUUGAUAUUUCGUUCCCAACGCACAGCGGUGUAUCAGAGUUAUUUCGGUGUAAAGUCAAUCAACCACCUUCAUCAUGUCUUAUAUGCUGUCACAUCUUCACAAUGGAUGGCAGGUUGAUCAAGCUAUUCUAUCCGAAGAAGAUAGAGUUGUGGUAAUUCGUUUUGGUCACGAUUGGGAUCCAACUUGUAUGAAAAUGGACGAAGUAUUGUACAAUAUAGCUGAAAAAGUCAAGAAUUUUGCCGUAAUUUAUUUAGUAGAUAUCACCAAAGUUCCAGAUUUCAACAAAAUGUACGAAUUGUACGAUCCUUGUACGGUGAUGUUCUUUUUCCGCAAUAAACACAUCAUGAUUGAUUUAGGCACCGGAAAUAACAAUAAAAUAAAUUGGGCUUUAGAAGAUAAACAAGAAAUGAUUGACAUAAUCGAAACUGUGUACAGAGGAGCUCGUAAAGGUAGAGGUUUGGUAGUUUCGCCCAAAGAUUAUUCAACCAAAUAUCGAUACUGAGAGAUUUUCACUCUCGAGUUUUAUUUGUUGAUUCGUUGUUUUUUGACCAUGAUGAGGAAAAACAAGGAUGUAAAAUUUCUUGUGAUGGAUUCCAUUCUCGCUAUAACAUGGUAAUUUUUUGCUCGCUGCAGCGUGAAAUUUUCCUGAAAUAUUUGAAUCCGAGUGGAUCUAAUUAUUUGCGCUACACGGUGCCGUUGAUUUAAUUAAUUGUUGUUUUUUGUCACCUUUUUUACCUGCGUUAGAAUGCUGAUAGCGUGAACGAGAUACAUGUUGACUUACGUUCGUCAUUUUUGUAAUUUUAGGCUAUGUACUACUUAGAAUAAUUUCUUUUAUUUAAUUUACGUAUAACUUCGAAAUUUUAUUAAUAUUGUAAUUCGUGGAAAUCAUGCUAUAAAAAUGAAGAAUAUAAUAAAAUAAUGAGUCAUUAA